AUGAAUAACCUCGGGAAAAUGCACCUCCCGAAUCUCCCGGAUACAUUACGCCAUUUCAUCUACGAGAAGUUUCAUGGUAUGGUCAAAAUCGCCACAGAGAACCAUGAAAAAGGCUUGGAUACGGGUCCGUCAGAAAAAGGCAAGCACAAAAUCUUCCCCUCCAGUCGGUUCUUCAUCGCAAUCCUGUUAUGCUUAUGCUUUGUAUCGCUUGCCGUCUCCACGUCAAAUCUUGGGGUGUCGAUGACGUGUAUGGUCAAGAAAACCUCAGCCCUCUCUGAAAGUGAGUACACCGACGAGAUGGCGUCAAUGAAACGGGAUGUAAAUUGGACGAGGACGGGACGAUCGGUUACGGAGACUCCUUGUAUGGAGAGAAAAAGGCGCGCCUCCGAAGCCGGCGACGACGUCGAGAAGGUGCACUGCUCCCAGGCGAACCUCUUGAGCUGGACUCCACUUGAGCAAGGCUUCGUCUUCGCUGCCCAGAACGUCGGCUCCUUGGCGAUGCUGGUGUCCGGGACUCUAUCUGAUCGUCUCAACUCCAAGUGGACCAUCUGCGUUGCGCUGACGCUGAUUGUGGUGUCGAAUGCUGUGAUUCCGCUAGUGGCCCACACAUCGGUCUGGCUCGUCUUUGCCUUCCGAGUUGUCUGCGGAAUGGGAGAUGCCUUCUUAUUUCCAUCAGCUACUUCACUCAUCACCCGCUGGUUCCCACCAAAGGAGAGACCCUUCGCCAUUGGAUUCGUGACUGGUGGAAGGCAAAUUGGCUCGCUCCUCAUCAUGCCUCUAGCCGGUAUCCUCUGCGAGCAGCGCGGCCAGUUCGGCGGCUGGACGGCCAUCUUCUACCUUUCAGCCGGCAUCGGAAGUGUCAUCCUGGUCAUCUGGCUUGUCCUGUCGGCCGAUAAGCCGAGCAAACAGUUUUGUAUAUCUGAGGCCGAACAAAAAUACAUUAGCCGCAAGAUCGAAGAAGAGAGUCUCGGAAAACGGACAGAACGUGGCAGCCCGCCGUGGAGCAAAAUCGCCAGAUGCCGCGCGCUGUACGUCGGAAUAUUCGCUCUUGUAUGCCACGAGUAUCCACUCGUCAUCAUGCUACAGCUCCUGCCCAUGUACCUCCGCGACGUUCUCCAACUCCCGAGCGGCCUCACGGGUCUCAUUGCUGCGCUGCCGAUCGGGAUUUUGUGGAUCUCAAAAACGCUCUCGAGCUCACUUUCUUCCGUACUCACUGCCAGAAAGCCUCCAAUUCUUUCGAAGACGACCAGCUGCAAGAUGUUCAACUUGAUCGCUUCUCUUGGUCUCGGUAUCUGCAUCGGAGCCACCCCGUUCGUCCACUCGACUGCUUUCUGCAUCGUCCUCCUCUGCCUAGCUAAUGGUUUUGCUGGCCUUCACACCCCUGGCGUGCAAACAGCCCUCGUUCAAAUCGCUCCCGCAUACUCUGGCGUGUUGACCGGAAUCUCGUUCGGUGUUGUGGCCAUGUUCUCGAUUGGGAAUAAGCUGCUCAGCAACUUUAUUUUAACUGAAGGCACCCCGGACCAGUGGAAGAUUGUGUUCCUGAUCUCUGCCGUCGUCGCCAUCUUGCCAGUCUUUUUCUUCACCCUUUGGGGAAGCGCGGACCGGGAACCGUGGGCAACCAAUCAGGGCAUGUCCCCGGAAGCGGAAACGCAGUCCCAGCGCUCGCAAAGCUCCAACGGCUCCGACAACACGUUGACAAGAUAUGCUGCGGCGAUCAACAAGGACUUGGACUUGGAAGCGGCU